AUGACAGAAAGUGCCAAUGCGGUGCGUCGGGAAUGCAACUUGACCGACACAUUUGACGAUGCCACGGCCAAAAAGUACGAGACCCUCCUCGAGAAAAAAUGGACGUCGGUGGUCCGACUGCAGAAGAAGAUCAUGGACCUCGAAGCAAAGAACGCAGCCCUUCAGCAAGAGAUCGAUUCUGCUACUCCGCUGUCGUCCUCCCGAAAAGUUGACCCCCAGACAUGGCUUCCCAAAGCACCCGCCAGACACACGCUACAAGGCCAUCGUCUGCCCGUUACUUCAGUGGCAUUCCACCCGGUUUUCUCCUCACUUGCUUCCGCCUCAGAAGACUCAACCAUAAAGAUAUGGGAUUGGGAACUAGGCGAAUUGGAGCGCACACUGAAAGGGCAUACCAAAGCAGUGCUGGACGUCGACUUUGGCGGUCCCCGUGGAGGCACGCUGCUGGCCAGCUGUAGUAGCGACCUUACUAUUCGGCUGUGGGAUCCCAGCGACGAGUACAAGAACAUUCGGACGUUACCAGGUCACGAUCAUUCCAUAUCCUCUAUUCGUUUCAUACCUUCCGGCGCGGCAGGCGCUCCGUUGUCCGGGAACACCCUGGUGUCCGCAUCCAGAGAUAAAACGCUGAGGAUAUGGGACGUAACGACAGGAUACUGCUUGAAGACACUCAAGGGUCACACUGAAUGGGUCAGAGCAGUUGUGCCGUCGAUAGAUGGCAGGUGGUUGCUGAGCGCUGGCAACGACAAUGUUCCGCGCUUAUGGGACGCGAGCUCAGGAGAAGUCAAGAUCACAUUUCUCGGCCAUGAACACGUCGUCGAAUGUGUGGCUUUUGCCCCUGGAUCCUCGUACGUCCAUCUAGCGACCAUUGCUGGCUACAAGAAGCCUCCCCCGACAAGCAGCAGCGGCGAAUUCUUAGCAACGGGCGGCAGAGACAAGGUCAUCAAAAUCUGGGACAACCGGGGAACAUGCCACAGGACCCUAGUCGGCCAUGACAACUGGAUUCGUGGUCUUGUCUUUCACCCGGCAGGACGCUACCUCCUGUCAAUCUCAGACGACAAGACAAUUCGGUGCUGGGAUCUAUCACAGGAGUGCAAAUGUGUCAAGGUGGUUGACGACGCCCAUCAACAUUUCAUCAGCAGCAUCAGGUGGGCCCCUGACGUUCCAGUGCAAGCACCGGUGAAUGGAGAAUCCAAUGGGAUCACCAAUGGCGUAAAGAAGGAGGACAGUGGCGGAGGUGGCAAGGUGCGCUGUGUCAUUGCUACGGCCAGCGUUGACCUGAACGUCCGCAUCUUUGCCGGGUAA